AUGGAUGACUUUGACUUCACAAUCACCCUUUACUAUUGGGGGAAGAUUAGGAAUAAUCCAUACAGAUACGAAGGAGGGGAGAUAAAGAUAUAUGAAGAUAAUAAUUCUGAUGAAAUGUCACUUGUUGAGAUAUGGAAUAAGGCCAAAAUUUUUGGGUAUGGUGAAAAUGAUGUAUUUAUGUAUAGAGUGCCUACUAUGCCAUUUGCAGGUGGUUUAAAACCUUUGGAGAAUGAUGUUGAUGUAAUGAACAUGGUGAAGUGUAUUAAAGGUUAUAAUGAAGUGGAAGUAUACGUUAUGUUUUUAGAUGAUUAUAAGAAUGCUAUUUGUAAUGAGGGAGAUGGGGAAGAUGGUGAUAAUGAGGGGGGUAAUCUUGAUGAGGGAGAUAAUGAGGGGGGUAAUCUUGAUGAGGGAGAUAAAGUAAAUGGAGCUGUUAGUGAAGAUGAUAGUGCUCAUAAGGUUCAUUUUGGAUGCAGUGAAAGUGAUGACGAUGAUAUGUUUGCACAGUAUAUUAGCAGUGGUGAAAUAGCCUCCAAAGUAAAUGGCUUACUUGAUGAGACCUUGUGUCUUAGAAAAGAUAAGCAGAUGAAACUCAAAGAGGGGAGAAAGGGAAAGGCUAUUGCAUGUGGGGUUAGUCCUAGUAGGGUUGGUGGCAGUGGGGUUGAUCAUAGUGGUGUUGGUCAAAGUGAGGUUGGUGCAAGUGGUGUUGGUCCUAAUGGGAUUGAUGCAAGAGGUGUUGAUCCUACAUGGAUUGAUACAAGUGGGGUUAAUCCUAGUGCAAGUGCACUUGUUGCAUUUGGAGCUGAUAGGGAUGAAGAUAAGUGGGAGUCAGAGACAUCUGCAAGUCUGGUUAGUUUAUCUGAUGAUGAAACUAGGCCUAGAUAUCCUCAAUACCAUCCACCAGAAUCUUUCUCUGAGGUGCACUUUGAACUUGAGAUGCAGUUUGCCACCAAAAAGGACGUCAUAGAUGCUAUCAAACUCUACUCUAUUUUCAAAGGGGUUCCAGUAAAGUUUAAAAAAAAUGACAAAAUAAGGGUAAGAGUAAAAUGCACAGAUAAAUGUCCUUUUGAGUUGUAUUGUGGAAAGAUGAAAGAUGAAGAUACUUGGAUAGUGAAGAAAUUGAAUCCUGAACAUAAUUGUGGGAGGCGAUUUAAGAACAGAUUUGCAUCUUCAAAUUGGCUAGGGAAGCAUUUGGUGGAUGAUGUGAGGAGUGACCCAAAUGUGAAGAUGUCCGUUAUCAAAGACCGAGUUGUAAAUAAGUUUAAGGUUCAUAUUAGUAGGUAUCAAGCAUCUAGAGCAAAAGGUAGGGCUAAAGAAUUAGUGCAUGGAACUUUUACAGAACAAUAUGCCCAGUUGGGGGAUUACUGUGAAGAAUUGUUGAGAAGAAACCCUGGGUCUACUAUACUAAUCUCUACCAAUAGACCUCAACCACACUUGCAGCCAAAAUUUGAGAGAUUAUAUGUAUGUUUGGAUGCUUGUAAGAGAGGCUUUUUAGCUGCUUGUAGGCCUUUCAUUGGUGUUGAUGGAUGUCAUUUGAAGGGUGAGUAUCCAGGACAGAUCUUGACAGCAGUUGGCAAGGAUGGCAAUAAUGGUGUUUACCCAAUUGCAUUUGCCGUGGUUGAGGCAGAAACAAAGGACUCAUGGACAUGGUUCAUGAAAAGGUUACUUGAUGAUAUUGGAAGUUUAAGGGAUGAAGGGUGGACCUUCAUGUCUGACCAGCAAAAGGGAUUAACACAAAUGUUUGAUGAGCUCAUGCCAGGUGUGGACCAUCGAUUUUGUGUUCGACAUCUAUAUAAUAACUUUAGUAAGGAUUAUAAAGGUAAGCUACUAAAGGAUCGCAUGUGGGCAGCUGCUAGGGCCACUAACAUGUCUGAGUUUCAGUUUGAAAUGGGGAAGAUCAAGAAAUUAAACAUAAAGGCAUGGGAAUGGUUGGUAGGAAAGGAACCUAGGUUUUGGACAAGAGCAGCUUUUAGAAGGUAUCCCAAGUGUGAUGCACUAACCAACAAUGGAUGUGAAAAUUUUAAUUCUCAAAUAUUGGAGUAUAGGGAUAAACCAAUAAUUACUAUGUUGGAGGAGAUUAGACUGCAUCUGAUGGCUUAUUAUAUUAAGAAGAAGGAGAAAAUUACAAGGUAUCAUGGCCCUAUAUGUCCUAGAAUCCAAAACAAGUUAGAGACUGAAAAAAUUAAUAGUACAGAUUGGGUUCCAGUUUGGUGUGGGGAUAGCAAUGAAUCAAAGUUUGAAGUAUCAAAAUUGCCUGAUAAGUAUGUAGUUGACAUAAAGCAGCGUACAUGCUCAUGUGGAUCAUGGGACUUAACUGGGAUUCCUUGUGCACAUUCUAUAGCUGCAUUGGGAUAUAUGGGUCACACAAUUGAAGAUUUUGUGCAUCAUUGCUAUAGUAUGGAGUCCUUAACCCAGACUUAUGGGUCAUGUAUAUACCCUAUUAGUGGUCCUAAGUUGUGGCCACGGAGUGACAGAGAAACCAUACUCCCUCCUAAAAAAAUAAGACAAGGGGGAAGGCCUAAAAAGAAGAGAAAGAAGGAACUUGGUGAGCUAAACAAUCCAUAUAAGAUGAAGAGGAGAAUUGGUCAUGUUAAAUGUAGCCAAUGUGGGACAGUAGGCCAUAACAAGAGGAGGUGCAAUCCCGCUACUCAAGCUAGCAAACAACUACGAGUGAGAGAGCCAAAUGUAACAACACAUAAUUUGGAAAACCAAGAACAUGGGACAUCUUCAAGCCAUGUAGAACCUACUAAUAGGGCAGCACCUCCACCGCAAGUUAGGAAAAGAAAUGUCACAACACAAAGUCAACCAACACCCCAAUGUGAAGGAGUACAUCGAAGUCAACCAGCAUCUCAGGUUGGACCCAACGAAGUUACAAGAAAUUAUAGUUUUGGAGUGUCAGUAGAGACAAUGACUGCUGCAAGUGAGACAUCAAGAAGAAUUACAAAAUUUUAUAAGAAUGCACAAGGGCAAAAGUGAACGACAUUUCUUGUGGUUAAAUGUGCAGAAGUGAAGGUGCUUGCGGAGAUAAAUGUGUAUUUUGAAGUGGAUAGAACAUUUAGAUAUUUAUAUGUUAUUGUUUGAAAUAGUUCGAGGAUUACUAAUAUUUGGAACAAUUUGAAGAAUAGGUUAUUUGAUGUUACUAUUUUGAACAUUUUAAUCGGUGCAAUUAAU